CUGGCGGUGAAAACCAAAGCUUUGCUACCUGCUACUAGCGCCUAGCGGAAAAGGCAGAACUGUAAAGCAGCAGACGUUAAUGGCGGACUGACUAGUGACUAGUACUACUGAAGGAGUGCGAUAGAGUGACAGAAACAGCAAACGCAAAGACUGUUGUUCUCCCUCGCUGUAGCACGAUGAAAUGGUACUUCGUCGCCGUGCUUCUCACCGUUCUAACUAGCUCUCAGGGAAUCUUGACUACUCUGUCUCAAACUAAGGGAAGCUAUCUCUAUGAUUAUGCAACCGUUCCAUUUCUAGCAGAAUUCUUCAAGCUGGUGGUAUCUGGUUUACUUCUGUGGCGAGAAUUUCGGGCAACACCGUCGAUGCGAAUAACCACUGAAUGGAAGACUGUGCGGUUGUAUCCAAUCCCGUCCAUCAUAUACCUGAUUCAUAACAAUGUUCAGUUUGCUACACUCACUUAUGUAGACACCUCCACGUAUCAGAUAAUGGGUAAUUUGAAGAUUGUCACCACUGGGAUAUUAUUCAGGUUGUUCCUUAAGAGGAAGCUGUCUAAUCUCCAGUGGAUGGCAAUUAUGCUGUUGGCUGUCGGAACAACCACUAGCCAGGUUAAGGGUUGCGGAGCAGCUUCCUGCGAAUCUCUUUUUUCAGCUCCAAUUCCAGGUUACUUGCUGGGCGCUCUCUCUGCCUGCCUCUCAGCGUUGGCUGGCGUUUACACAGAGUUCCUAAUGAAGAAGAAUAAUGAUAGCUUGUACUGGCAGAAUGUGCAAUUGUAUACGUUUGGAGUGUUAUUCAACAUGGCAAAGCUUAUAGUAGAUGAUUUCCAAAGUGGAUUUGAAAAGGGGCCUUGGUGGCAACGUCUCUUUAAUGGAUACAGCAUAACCACGUUUCUGGUUGUUUUGAAUCUUGGCUCGACUGGUUUGUUGGUUUCAUGGUUGAUGAAGUAUGCUGAUAAUAUUGUGAAGGUAAUACUUUCGAAACUGAUUGUGUCUGUUCAUCUUGUGCUUCUCCACUUUCAAAAGUUGACUGCCAUAUACAAGUCUUGUUUAGGUAUAUUCCACAUCCAUGGCAAUGCUGCUGACGAUGGUUUUAUCAGUACUCCUGUUUUCGUUCAAGCCAACUCUUCAGCUCUUCUUAGGUAUCAUCAUAUGUAUGAUGUCACUUCACAUGUAUUUUGCCCCUCCACACGUUCUUGUGGAUUCGCCACCUAAACCCAAACCUGUUCCUGAGGCCCUACAAGAAGUUUCUAUCGAUCGAAGGACCGAUUCCUGAAAGACUCUGACCUAGGUAACAACUACUGGCUUUUGUGACCAUCUCAUUUCAAGUAGCAUCCAAACCAGCGACGGAUGUUGGCACUUCAUGUUCCAUUGGGAGAUAAGAAGCAAUAUUUUUCUUCGGAACUGGUAAAGCCUCUGAAAUUUACAAGCCCAUAUUGAGAGCUUUUUUGGGGAUACGAACUGAGCAAAGCGAGGGAUUCAUCACCAACAGAGUACCAUACUAGUCUAUAUGUGGAUGAACAUUGAUGAUAUUGUCAUCGAAACUAACUGUAAUUGCUAAUGGUACAUGGCACGCCUCGUCGUUUUGCCUUCCAUUCUUUGCUGCGAAUUAGUCGAAAGAAAGUGUACAGUGAGUUAUGAAGGAAAACCAAGGAAUGUAACACGAAAUUUUAUUUGUGCUCUCCAUUUUCAGCUGCCUGACUGUCCUUGUUGUUCUGAUUAAGGGCUCCCCAGAAUUGGCAGUGGCAAGACGACAACGAUUGUUUCCUUCAAGAAUGACAAUAGG